AUGCAGAACGACUCAGGAAAGGGCCAUGAUUUGAAGCGGACCGAGUCUUGUCAGACUGGAGGGAUGCUCAGGGCCGAUAACUCAGUGGCACAAAGCACCGUUAUUCAGGCCGAGCAGCUUCAACGCCGACUAAAUAACAGACAAAUUCAACUCAUUGCGAUUGGUGGUUCCAUUGGUACGGGGCUGUUCAUCAGUAUCGGUAGUGGUCUACACUCAGCAGGUCCCGCGGGUCUUCUCUUGGCGUUCAUCUUCUACUGCUUCUUUGUUGGUCUGGUGAACAAUGGCAUGGCCGAGAUGAUGACCCAGUAUCCCGUUGCUGGGGGUUUUAUUCGCAUCGCUGGUCACUUUGUGGACGAAGCCUUUGGCUUCGCCGCGGGAUGGAACUUCUUCAUUUACGAAGCCCUUGUCAUCCCUUUUGAGAUCAGUGCCUUGGCCGUUGUAGUGCAAUAUUGGAGCCAUGACAUUCCAAUUUGGACACUAUGCCUAGCAUGUGUCAUUCUUUACACACUCAUCAACGGCUUGGUCGUGAGCGCGUAUGGAGAAACCGAGUUCUGGCUAUCUAGUGGCAAGGUCAUCCUCGUCUUGGCUCUGUUCUUGUUCACGUUCAUCACUAUGGUCGGGGGAAACCCUCAGGGCGAUGCCUACGGUUUCCGCAAUUGGAAUCAUCCUGAAGCUUUCGCUGAAGUACGAACCACCGGAUCUCUUGGUCGUUUUGAGGGGUUUCUCGCUGCCCUCUGGGUUGCUUCAUUUUGUAUUGUCGGCCCAGAGUAUAUCUCCCUUGUCAGCGCCGAGGCGAAGCAUCCCCGAAAGUACAUCAAAGCCGCGUACAAGACGAUCUACAUCCGAUUUUUCUUCUUAUUCUUGGGAAGCGCCAUUGCAGUUGGAAUCGUACUUCCAUCUGAUGACAAGACACUCACUGAGAUCCUGAUCGGCGGCGGAUCAGGCGGCGGUACAGCAGCAGCGUCGCCAUACGUGAUCGCUAUGCGUAACAUGGGGAUCACCGUCUUCCCACAUGUCGUCAACGCUCUGCUUGUUACAUCAAUCUUCUCCGCUGGCAACACAUACGUUUAUUGCGCCUCGCGAAGUCUGUACAGCCUGGCACUUGAAGGCCGAGCACCUGCGUUCCUUAAAAUCUGUACGAAGCAGGGUGUGCCAGUCUACGCUCUUGCCUUGACCAUGGCAUUCGCAUGCCUUUCAUUCCUUCAGCAAAGCAAGCAAGCAGCUCGAGUGCUCAGCAUUUUAGUUAAUUUGGUUACUGGUGGGGCUUUGGUUAACUAUCUGGUCAUGUCGAUUACCUAUGUGUUUUACCACCGAGCCACAAAGGUGCAAGGUAUAGACCGUAAGAAUCUGCCUUAUUAUGGAUGGGGACAACCUUACUGUGGGUACGCUGCUAGUGUGUUUUUCAGUGUUGUCAUUGGCACGUUUGGGUACACCUCGUUCAGCCCUUUGGACGUCGGGGCGUUCUUCGGUUGCUAUGCAAUGACCAUUCUUUCUAUCCUCUUCUACAUCUUCUGGAAAGUUUUCAAGGGAACCUCUGUCUAUGAUCCGAAGGCUGUCGAUUUGAUUUGGGAGACUCCGCAAGUGGAUGCUUAUGAAGCUGAAAUGAUGGAGGAAUCCCAGACUUUCUGGGGCGAGAUGGGGCGCAUGAUCUUGUUCCGGAACUCCAGAGGAAUUAAGAAGUAG